GGUGGUCAGCGCGUGAAUGCCUUCUUCACUGGUGGUUGGGUUCGCAACCAGCUGUGGAAGUGGUGGUUGAAGCCUUUCAAGAGUCACACGGUGAUGUCCAUCAACGAUUUGUCCGAGACCCUGCUGCAGAUGAUCACGGGCAGGAAAUAUCCUGGCGGUGGCAUGCGUAACGAGCCUGGACCGCUCAGCGGUGUCCCCAUGUGGACGGCCAUCCUCUACAAGAAGCAGGUUCCACGCCGGAUCACCUAUUCGGAGGUCAUGGAGCUGCGAGUGGGAAGGUCCAUAAAGGACUUCAAAAAGAUCUGGUUCACCGAGAACAACACGUUGAUAUCGGACGGUAACUGGACGCCCAACUUCCCGAACGACACAGAGUUCAUCCCAGACUUUGGCUACAAGUACGUACGGCCUUGCAGCACGCCUUACUGCUACUUCGACCUCUACCUGGAUCCUUCCGAGCAAACGAAUCUUCCCUUGAACCCAGUGCAAGAGGAGGCGUUACGAAGGGAGGUGUUUGCUGACUGGAACCUCUUCGUGAUCGACACCUCACGUAUCACAAGCUUGAGCCUCGAAACUGGAAAACCAGUUGAAGUCUCGCUGUGGACAACCAUGGGUGCUUCAGGGCCCUUUCUGAGUGCAGCGGCCCAGCCGGUCAUCCCCCCAGUCGCCGAGUGCUGGUGUACUUGGAUCCAACCUGGUCUGGCGGUAGAGGAUGUCACGCACGUCAUUUUCAACUUGUACCUCGGUGCCAGGUGUGUGGACAGUGUAGCUGCCGCGGGCUCCAAAGGGGCGCUAGCCUGCAAGCCGCCGCUGCGCCUCACGCAGGCGCCCAUCCCGUUCGACUUCUCACGGGCCAUGUGGAAGAAGAUCGGCUUUGAGACGCAGGACUACGACAGCAUUCUCCUUGCGGAGUGGAAGCUGGGCGUUUUCACGCUCCCAUUUCCCCUCUUUACCUUGGACUGGAACCUCGCCGUGAUCGCAGGUUUGAGGGCCAUGAACUCCCGCAACGGCUUUGCGUUCGCAAACUGGCCCAACAUUGGCAAGUACCCCUUCAACCUGGGCUACACGGAUCAUUGUCCCAACUUUGACAUCUUCACGGCACCCACUCCAUAUACGCAGGUCACGGACUGGCUCCUUUCCGCCGGUAUCUUCAACAAUCCCACCGGAGGAGCCAUCUCCAGCUCGGGGAACGUGACUGCAUGCUUUCCUAUCAACUCGUCGCGGGCUGUCUGUCCAAGCUUGGACAACAAUCCCCCCACCGUGGACGGCUUCAACGUCCCCACGUACUCGCUCGAAGAAUGCAGACAAUACUGCGUGCUGUGGGAUCCUCUGGUCGAUUGA